AUAAUAUGUUAUUCAACUUACCUCUUAAACAGACAAGACCUGUAGAUCUUCUCAAGCCAGUGGAGUAGGCAAUCCUUAAUUGCUAUGGAGAACCCACUCUCUUCACUGAGGUAACCAUAUUAUACAUAUAUUAAAGAUUAGGGAUGUAGUAGAGAAAACCUAAAAAUCGAGAUAAAUUUUGGAUUAUGAGAAGAUCAACUUGAGUAUCGCCACUGAUCCUCAAACAUCAGAAAACCUAGAGAACAAUCUUCUUGAAUAUCUAAAGAACUUUUCUUUGCUAUUCAAGCAUUUGAGAUUCGAACAAGGAGAUUAAAGAUCCCCAUAAGUUAUGUUCUAUUGGAGUGACAGCUAUGAUCAUGUAUUUAUUUAUUGUUCUAUGAAUUCUAGAAAAGAAGCUGUCAAUUGAAUUCUGGUAGAUUAGAAUUGAUAUCUUAAUACUACAAUCUAAUAAUCUCUUACUAUUAUCAGGCUAAUAGUAAGAUCGUAAAAGACACAGACCCUGAUCGUAAGGCUGCAUAUACCAAACUCAGAAAUGGGUUAUGGGCUUUGGAACAAUUAAAACAAAAUAUUCAUGGAUUGUCUAAAGAUUCAGUAUCCUAAUUGUAUGAUAUUUAAACUUUAAAUUUGGAAUUUCUGGAACAUGCUGUAAUUAUGAAUCUCAAAAUAGUUCUGUGGCUUGGCCUACAAGGCUUUAUAUCAAAAUAUGAUGUCACAAGUGAAGACUUUCGGACUUAAUAAUGUUUGUGGGACAAUUUUUGAAGCUGCAAAGGAAUUCACAAUCUCUUUGAAGGCUGUAGAGGCUAUGAAUUCUUAAUACUAGAAACAAAUUGGAAAAGUAUUUUAAGUUCUAUAUGAUUUUAGAAUAUUCUUUCUCAAAUUUUACCCACAAUUUAAUUUAAUCAAAUAUGGACAACUGUUACUGGCUGUAUAUAGAUGGCAGUGUUUCAUUAUGGAAAAAUAUCUGAUGAAUCUAGAGGCUAAAAUAUGGGAAAAGCUCUGGGUUUUUUGGCUAAUGCUCAAUAGUAGUUAUUACCUAUUGUUAAUGACAAGAAUGGCAGCAAGGCAUUCCCACCAGAUUAACUUGAUCAAUUGAAGUAGUUGAAUUAACAAUUAACUUAAUUGGUUACUGAAUAUAAUUACAAGAAUCAACAAAUAUACAAAGAGUAAUUAAUUGCUUCAGAUUUGUUGCCAUACCCACCUUUGAUGGAAUAAAUUAGACUGAAACCUCUUGAACCGCCUAGUUUCAAAGAACCAGUUAAUGGAGCAAAUAAAUUUUCAGGCUUUGUAUCAGAAGAAGCUUUAUAAUUGUCUAGGGAGAUCAAAAUGUUUGUGGAAUAAACAAAAUACUCCCUUGAAGAAUCCUUAAGAUUGUUAUUUGAUCAAAAAAAUCAAGCAUAUGCAGAAACCUAUGUCACUUAUUUUAUUGAUAUGGCCCAACAAAAACAACUUGAUCAAGGAGGAAUACCUUAGGCAAUCUAAGAAAAAAUAGCAUAUAUAAGAACCAGAGGGUGCUUAAAUGGAAUAGAGAAGAUAAUUGAACAAUCUAAGCAAGCAUCUAUUACUUGCAAUUAAUUGUUAGGUUAAAUUGAAUAGUUAUUAAUGGGUGAAUAACAAUAGGAUCAGGAAAAUAGAAAUAAAUACGGUGCCAAAUGGACAAGAAGUCCUUCAGCAUAAUUAAGUUAACAAUAUUUCAAAUCCUUAUAAGACCUCAAGGCUAAAUACUUGUAAGCACAAAAAAUCGACUUUGAAGUGAUAAAUGGUUUUGAAAAGUGCAAAGAAACUGUUAUACUUGCUUCAUAAAGUGAUUAAGUCAUUAUUCAGAAACUCCCUAAAAGUAAUAAUAACUCAGACUUCGUAAAUCAAAAUGCUUAACUUUUUGGACAAUUGACAACUUAAGAUUAAUAAGUCAAUUCUAUUAUAGAUUAAUUAAAGUUCUUCAUCCAAUAAUAUAAUCAAGCUAUGCAAGAAAUAAAUGUAACUAAGAUAGCUGUCCAAGGAUUAAAUGAUGGAAUGCCUAAAGAUUAAAUUUUCAAUGCUGCCCUUUAGAAUGUUUAAGGAUUCAUAGAACAAUUUAACAAUGAUGUAAGCAUUUCAUAUAUAUCUCAAGAUGAAUUAAGUUUCAGAAUUGAUCUCUAAAGUCUGCGGGAUUGCCAGAGAACUCUCAAAUCUUAAGAAAUAAUCAGCUGAAUAGGUGUAAUAAUCUGGGUAGACUAAUAUCUUUGCAAGUGCUUAAUAAGCAAUUGACAACAUCGACCAUUCAGUUGUCUUCUAUGAGUACAAUCAAUUUUAUAUUUAGACAAUUGAAAAUGCAUUUGGAAGAAUAAGAUAGAAAAGUCAAGGACUUCUUGAUGGCACGAAACCUGGAAUCAGAACAAUUAGUGUAAUAAUUCAAUCAACAAUAAACAUACUAAUAAUCCUAGUAAUAUCAACCUCCAGUGCAACCACAAUAGCCAUUGUAAUAGUCAGGGUAUCAAUAUCCUCCAUAUCCAAAUUAACCUUAAUAUCCCUAAUACCCACAACAACCUAAUUAUCCAAAAUAAUCCAAUGUUAUAAAUCAUCCUUUAGCAAAUCCAUAAAAUUACCCUCCCUAACAAUACCCCCAAUAAUAACAAUACCCAUAAUAAUAACCAUACCCAUAGUAAUAACAAUACCCAUAUGCCUAAUACCCACAAUAAUAAUAGUAAAAUUAUGGAUUAUGGGGUUAAUAAUAAUAGAAAAAAUGACAUAAAAUUUAAAUAAUUA